AUGACUAAAACAGAAUGUGGCGUCACAGUUGUCCUUGUGCUGGUGAUCGCUGGAGGCAUCAUACGCGCGCCGUUCUCUAUUGUACUCGCAGAGUCUCCUCGAUUUGAAGAAGACUGGCUCAUCAUGCUUCGCUAUGCUGGUCCUGAAAGUUUGUGGCUUAUUCAUACAAUAUGUUCUUUCUCUUGCAGGGGCAGGAACAUCGUAAAAGGACUUCAGCCACCGGUAUUUGAGGGCGUGUAUAAUAAUUCACGAAUGCUGCAUUUUUUAACUGCUGUGGUGGGCUCCACAUGUGACGUUAAGGUGAAAAAUGGAACCACGUAUCAAGGGGUCUUCAAAACCUUGAGCUCCAAGUUUGAGCUGGCUGUUGAUGCCGUACACAAGAAGACCAGCGAACAGGUCGUGGGACCAAAGCGAGAGGACAUUGUGGACACCAUGAUAUUCAAACACUCCGACGUGGUGCUCGUGCACUUCCACAGCGUGGAUUUCAAUUAUGCUACAAAAGAUAAGUUUACAGAUUCUGCCAUUGCCACGAAUUCCAAGGUGAACGGUGAACACAAGGAGAAGGUUUUGAUGCGCUGGGAUGGAGGAGAGAGCGAUGAUUUUGACCUGGAGUCGGACAUGUCCAAUGGAUGGGAUGCCAACGAGAUGUUUAAGUUUAACGAAGACAACUAUGGCGUGAAGACAACUUAUGACAGCAGCCUGUCCUCCUACACGGUGCCUCUGGAAAAAGACAACACAGAAGAGUUCAGGCAGCGCGAGGCCAGGGCUACCAUGCUAGCCCGAGAGAUUGAAUCCAGUCCACAGUACAGAGCGCGGAUCGCCAUAGAAAAUGACGACGGCAGGACGGAGGAGGAGAAGCACAGCGGUGUCCAGCGUCCAACCUCUGACCGGGACAGUCCGAGCUUUGCAUCACGGGAUGCAAAGUACGUUCCUCUGCCUCAGCGCGUGAGGGACGGAUCUCGUGGAGGACUCCGAACAAACUCUACUAGAGGAGGAAGAUCAGGGAUGGGGCCCCUACCUUCUCGUGGUCCUCCGCAGCAUUAUCCCGAAACAAGUUCCAGUCCGGUGUCUGAGCAAAGAGGAAUCAAUGGAGGGCCUUCAAGGAUGUCUCCUAAAGCACAGCGCCCAAUGAGGGGUAGUAAGACUAUGUCCUCGCCAUCCAGCCGUCCCAUUGAAGUGUCCACUUCUCCUUCAGCUUCCUCCCGUGUUUACACACCCCUGUCUCCUAAAUCAGUUUCUUCUGCCAGUUCAAUGGACUCCUCUCAAGCUUCUACCCCAGAUCCCCGCCCCGCAGUGGAAACCAGUGUGGCCAAACCCAGCUCUCCGAAGGCUGCCGCUCCCACCGCGAUUGGGGAAGGUAAAGAUGUUCAAGUUGCUGUUGUAAAAGAGCCAAGCCGGACAUUGGAGCAGAGCGCACCUUCUGAGGUCAAGCCCCCUCCUAAAGUGCUGCAGACGGAACAGAAGAGGAAUCAGUUGGAUGAACUUCGUAAAUUUGGAGCUGAAUUCCGGCUCCAGCCUAGCGCCUGUCCCGACUCCAAUCUAGAAUCUUUCCCAGCAAAACAAAAAGAGCCCUUGGAAACAAAAAUCACAAAACAAGAAGCGACUCCCAGUGACAGUACGGAGCCACAAGAUUUGGGGCCGAAGGUUCCUGAGCCGGUGGAAGAGGUCAAAGAAGACAGAGUGUGCGAGAUUAGCGAGCCCCGGGAGGAGGCAGGCAGUCCCGCAGGCAAAACGGAAGUAGAGGAGAAGGAAGAGCCAGUGGUGUACGACCAAGUAAAGAAAUCUACCUUAAAUCCCAAUGCAAAGGAGUUUAAUCCUAAGUCCCUUCUGGCAGUCAACAAAGCGACGAGCACGCCCACGUCCCCUGGACCGCGGAACCAUUCCGCCACCACUACUAUCCCGAUGCAGAGUGGUGUCUACAGCCCGUAUCUCCCAUACAUCCAUCAGAUUCAUAUGAGCCCCGCUGUGCAGGCUCCUCAGAUGUACCAGUACCCCGUGUCCAGCUCUGUGCCUGGUCAGCAGGGCAAAUACCGAACAAAAGGCCCUACUACACGAGCCGAGCAGCCGAACUCCGCACCACCCAUCAUGCAGGCCGCAGCGGCUGCCGGCCCUCCCCUGGUUGCAGCGACACCUUACUCCUCGUACAUCUCGUACAGCCCUCAACAGUUCCCAGGACAGCCAACAAUGAUGCAGCCCAUGGCUCAUUAUGCAUCGCAGCCAAUGUUUGCACAGAUGCUUCAGGGCAACCCGCGCAUGCUGCAAUCAGGAAACCACCCCUCAGCCUUAGUCUCUUCCUCCAACCCUCAGUACCAGCCCACAGACCAGCCUACCCCCCAGACCCUUUAUGCAGUCCAGUCCUACUCCCAUCAUGCAGCUCAGCUACACCCACAGCCAGCCAGCACCCCUACCCAGAACCAGCAGCAGUCUCAGCAUGCCAAUCCCAGCCCCGUGCAGCACCAGGGCGGCCAGCCCCCUCACCUAGGUAGCGCUCAGCCCCAGCAGAAUCUCUAUCACACAGGAACCCUGACAGCGAACCCUCAGUCUCUGACCCCCGGACCCACUGCCCAGUCUCCGCAAAACAGCUACACCCAGCAGGCCGUGUAUGCAAUUCACGCCCAUCAACAGCUUCAGCAUACCUACGCCAACAUGUCUCAUGUGGCCCAGGCUCAUGUACAGUCUGGAUUAACUGGAGCCCCCCCUCACCCUGGAGCCCCUCAUCCACAACACCCUGGAGGCCCUCAUCCUACACAGGUCAUGCUCCUACACCCCUCACAGACACACGGUCCUCCCCAACAGGGUGGCGUCCAACAGACCGGUGUGUCUUCACCUUCUCCAUACACCUAUAUAUCACAUCAUCAAGUUCAGUCCCAUCCGUCCCAGCAGCUCCCGUACCACCCUCCCGGCAAUUGAACUUAUCCCAGAGCGCUGUGAUUCCAACCUCCACACAGUCAUAACCCGCAGCCAGUCCUGCCUCUGGCCUUUCCCCUGUCCACACCGUCCAGGAAAACUGGCUGAGGCAGAAUCCGGGGACCCCGGCCAGGCCCCACGCAGACUUCCUGAGCCAAUGGAUCCGAGGGCUUCCACGGGCGCAGCGUCAUGGGGCCUUUUCACUCACGCCCUGCCAGGGUUAUCCGAGACACAAGGGAGCCGAGCAGCAACAUGGAGGACUCUCUUGGGGGUGGAGCUUACAGCUGGAGGCAGGGUGUCCCCUUACCGGCACCACAAAGGAGAAUGUGUGUUUUUAGGUUUUUCUUCUUCCGUUUUUUUUUUUUGGUCAGCUCUACAGAGGAGGAACUAACCCCCCUCCCUCUGAGACUGGAACAGAAGCCGAGAUUUUAUUUUUUAUUUAUAACUAGAUUUGGGCAGUUUUCAAGGCAGAGUCCACUUUCAUCUCCCACCCCCCCUUCUUCCAUUUCCCUUUCCUCCUUUAACUUGAACGGAGUGAUGGACUACUUUUACUUUUUAUUGAAUAAACUAUUUAAAAAAAAAAUGAAAAAAACUUGGAAAAAAAACUAAAAAAGCCAAAAACAAAAAAUAAAGUUUUAAACUAAA